UUACACAAGUUUAUAGACAAUGUUAUUUCUUUUAAUGACGUUGGUUUUUUAGAUUUUAGCCGGUUGAGGCUCUGUCAUUGCUGAACACACCACAGUUUUCACCACCUAACACUGUUUCUCUGCUGUUUUUUGCAGAGCAGGCAGUGUGAGGCGGGUUUGGAGACACAUAAACAAAGCCUAAAAGUUCCUAUAAACAUCUGUAAAGCUGAGGAGGCUUGGCGUCAGCCUUCAAGAGAUGAACGCCUCAUCUGCCAACAUGACUGUGGUUUUACAAUAUCGAGACUCCAUCACUAAAGCUGUGACCAAGAAUGUGAUUGUUGUGGUCAUCGGGAUCUCCAUCAACUACAUCAGUGCCAGCCUCAUCCACACUUUCCGCAAACACCAGAUUUUCUACACGAAUCCUCGGUACAUUCUUUUUAUUCACCUGGUGGUCAAUGACAUGAUCCAAGUGACGCUGACCAUCAUUCUGUUCAUCAUCAGCUACAUUCUCUACAAAAUCAAUGUCUCUGUAUGUUGUGUCUUUAUCCUGCUUGCCUUGUUCGCCACUGAAAACACUCCUCUGAACCUGGCCUGCAUGGCAGUGGAGUGCUGCAUCGCCAUUUGCUUACCGCUUCAUCACACUCGGAUCUGCACCGUCAAAAGAACAUUAAUGCUGAUUGGUUUAAUCUGGGUAACCAGCAUGUUGUCUGUUCUUCCUGAUCUGUUCAUCACCUUGGCUACACAGCCUCUUGAUUUCUUUCACUCUCAUGUGUUUUGCCUCAGGAACACUGUAUUUCCAAAUCCCAUCAUCAUCAAGAAGAGGGACACAACAUAUAUUGUAUAUCUGGUUAUAGUUUCCUUUGUUAUCUUUUACGCUUACUUUAAGAUCCUGUUCACUGCAAAAACUGCAAGCAAAGAUGCUAAAAAGGCCAGAAAUACAAUCCUUCUGCAUGGGUUUCAGCUGCUGCUAUGCAUGGCUUCAUAUUUGACUCCUCGUUUAAACGACGCUCUGAAGCGAUGGCUUCCUAAGAAUUCCAUCGACUCACUCUUUGUGAUCUAUAUUGUAGUUCAAAUUCUGCCAAGAUCAAUUAGUCCAAUCAUCUAUGGUGUUAGAGACAAUACUUUCAGGAAGUACCUAAAAAGGUAUCUGUUUUGCAAAGUCAGAAAACAAACAUUGCAAUUAGAUCCAAAAGUGUAAAACCUUUAAGAACUAUAGGCUCGAUCCUUCACCAUUAUUGGGUUCCUUCAGCUAAGAAACUUUCAGAUGACUGAAGCUGACACACGUGUUAUAUAUGUCAUACGUUAUUAUUAAUUAUGAUUGAGUAGAGGCUGUGUGUCAGC